AUGUCCAAAACAAAGUACAGCAAGGUGGUCAUCAUUGGCGCUGGCUUCUCCGGCCUGGCCAUGGCCUGCCAGCUGCAGGACAAAUUCGGCGAGUUCGACUAUACAAUCUACGAGCGGUCGAAGGAGGUUGGAGGGACCUGGUCAGCAAACAAAUACCCCGGCUGCGCCGUCGACAUCCCGGCAGCGCUGUACAGUCUCUCGUUCGCGCCCCAUCCGGGCUUCUCCAAGCUGUGUCCCAGCCAGGCGGAGGUGCUCGACUACUUCCAUGAGGUCGCUCACCGGUAUCGGGUCCUGCAGCACGUCGCGUGCCAGACGGAGUGGGAAGGGGCGCAAUGGCAGGAAGACAGGCAGACGUGGAGAGUGCGGAUGCGGGAUUUGGUCAAUGGCACGGUGUUCCAGCACGAGUGCAAGAUCCUGAUCUCGGCCGUGGGAGCGCUGGUCAAUCCCAACUCCUUUGAUCUGCCUGGUGUGGAUUCGUUCCGUGGCGAGAUCGUCCACACAGCCCGUUGGCGAGACGAUCUUUCGCUCCGGGGGAAGGAUGUCGUAGUUGUCGGGAACGGAGCUUCCGCGGCCCAGGUGAUCCCCGCUGUCAUCCACGAAACCAAGACGAUCACCCAGUUCAUCCGAACCCCACAGUACUACGUCCCCAACGACAACUUCGACAUCAGCGCCUUCUGGAGGGCCGUCUUCCGCUGGCUGCCAGGCUGCCUGCUGCUGUUCCGCUUCCUGCUCUUCGUCUACCUGGAAACGGCCCUGGUCAUGAUUGGGCGCGGCGAGCAGGGGUCGCGCAGCCGGCUGGUGGCAGCCACCAAGAGCAAGGAAUACAUGACAGGAUCGGCACCAGAAAAGUACUGGCCGCUCCUUCUGCCCCAGUACGAAAUUGGCUGCAAGCGCAGGGUAUUCGACAAGGCCAAAUACAUCCCGUGUCUCCAGAACGACAAGCUGCAGCUCACGGCCGACCCGAUCGUUCGCAUUGGCGAGUCCAGCGUCCUGACUCGCUCUGGGCGAAGCUAUCCGGCCGAUGCCAUUGUGUUGGCAACGGGUUUCUCGCUGACCCACUGGGACGUCGACGUGCGCGGGCGAGCUGGCCGCAGCAGGGCCCAGCACUGGGACGACUUUGGCUACAUCGAGGCCUUCCACAGCGUUGCCAUGAAUGAGUUCCCCAACUUUUUCUAUAUCCUGGGGCCGAACUGCGGCCGCGCGCACACCUCCACGCUGUUUGCCAUUGAAAGGUCUCUCUCUCAAUUCAUAUCCGCCACACCGCACGGUAAUAGUACUGACUGGACUAGCUAUACACAUCUGAUCCUUCGGGUCAUCCGGCCCAUCCUCGAAGGCCGCGCCUCCGCCGUGGAACCGAAGCACGACAGCGAGCGCCGCUACAACGAGCAGCUGCACGCUGCCAUCGACAAGACCGUCUUUACUGACUCGUGUAGCACAUACUUCAACGACACCAAGACAGGCCGCAACUGGUUCAUCUACCCCUGGAGCUCGCUGCAGAUGUGGUACUCGACGCACUGGGCGGGGCUCGACGACUGGUCGUAUGACGCUCGGUCUCCAAGCGACGCAAAUACCGCCUGUUUGCGACCGGAGAAGUCGCUGCUGCAGCGCUGCAAGUGCCGCAUGGACGAGUCCGUCCGCAGCGGGAUCUGCCACGAUUAUUGCUGA